UUGGCGGAAGAACCGUACGCAUGUGCACACCGCCGUUUCGUGGUUUGUUCGUCCCAACCCCAUCCGCGUCGGCACGUCGCAACGUGGGGACAUUCUCGUGUGGGUUUUGGGUCGGGCCAAACCAUUCCUCACCCUCUCUCCUAACGUUCAAGAUUCGCACACAGUUUUGGUUCUGAUUCUAGAGUAACAAACAAACAACAUUCAUCCUUUCCGGCAUCUGUCAUCGUAGCGAUCUUUCGGUUCCUCCUGUUUGUUUCCACUCGUUGAUUUCUUCUUUUCUUCUUUUUUCUCCUUUUCUGGGUCACCCCACAUCACGUCGUUUGCGCCAAAAUAUACCAUGUCGCUCACCAACAAUAACAGCCAUUCCCUCGCCAAGACCUUGGAACCCUUUGUGUGCGGUGGAUCCGCCGCAACCUUUGCGUCGGUCAUCAUUCACCCAAUUGAUUUGGCCAAAGUCCGCAUGCAGCUUUACGGGCAGCUCAAUCCCGGCAAGCCCAUUCCAUCCUUUCCCAGCAUCAUUAAAAGCAUCGUGACUCGGGAUGGACCCUUGUCCGUCUACAAGGGCGUGGACGCCGCAAUUGGUCGACAAAUGGUCUACGGGACGGCUCGCAUCGGUCUGCAUCGGACCUUUUCCGACAAGCUCGUCGAACUCAACGACGGUAAACCCAUUUCCUUUUUGCAAAAGACCCUCUCCGGAAUGCUCAGUGGGAGUAUAGCAGUCUGCAUUGGCACGCCCUUCGACAUUGCCCUGGUACGCUUGCAGUCGGACGGAAUGGCGGAACCGCAAGACCGACGGAAUUACAAAAACGUUUUCGAUGCCUUGCUGCGAACUUCCAAAGAGGAAGGCGUAGGAGCGCUGUACAAAGGUCUCUUGCCCAACAUUCUGCGCGGCAUGUCCAUGAACGUCGGUAUGUUGGCUUGUUACGAUCAAGCCAAGGAAGUCGUCGCCGCGCUCCUGAACGAUCCCAUGACCAACGGACCCUCUCUCCCCACCCGUCUCGGUGCUUCCGCUACCGCCGGGUUCACCGCCGCCUUGUUUUCUUUGCCCUUUGACGUGAUGAAGUCGCGUCUCAUGGCCAUGAAGCCCAACCCCCUAACGGGAGAAAUGCCCUACAAGGGAGUGGUGGACUGCGCCGUACAAAUGGCCAAGAACGAAGGACCCCGCAGUUUCUUUAGUGGCUUUUCUGCCUACUACGGACGGUGCGCUCCACAUGCCAUGAUCAUUCUGCUAUCGAUUGAGUCCAUCACGAACCUUUACCGACAGACCUUUUCUUAA